AUGUCCACCACGCUAUCGAGUGUCUCUGGAGUGUAUCCAGACGAUUCCGAGCAAGAGCAUGGACUGUUACCGGAUCUGAAUGGUGUCGAUCUGGUUAUGAGCCUGUCGCCCAAGGCGCCGAACCACCACCACCACCACCAUCACCAUCUGACCAGCUUGCAGCAUCUGCAGAAUUUGCAGCACAACUCGGCCCUGCACAGCCACUCGACGCCGUUCAGCGUCACCGACAUACUCAGCCCGAUCGAGGAGUACCGCAAGCUGGAACUGACCGCGAAUCCGCCCUCUCCGUAUAGCGGCGGAAGCAGCGUCAACUCACCGAGCGCCCUUGGGCCAAACACGACCACCGGAAGCACGACGACCGGCAGCAGCAGUAUGGCAAACCCGUACGCAAUGGGUCCGCUCUAUCACAGCCCCGGUGUCCAGAGCUACUGUGCGCCGACGGACAACCUGUCGCUGGCCGGACAUUACACCGACAUGCGCAACUCAGCCGCCGCCGGUUGGUACGGUUCCACCGCCAGCGAUCCGCGUUUUGCGAUAUCGCGACUGAUGGGUGGUUCGGCCGGCGGUACGAUGGGCCACGCGAUGUCCAACAUGGGCAGUCUGGCCGCGUGCAGCGUUUCCGACAGCAAACCGAUGCAGUUUCCGCUUGCGCAACGUCGAAAGCGACGCGUGCUGUUCACGCAGGCUCAGGUGUACGAGCUGGAACGGAGAUUCAAGCAGCAGAAGUAUCUCUCCGCCCCGGAACGCGAACACCUAGCCAGCUUAAUACAUCUGACCCCGACCCAGGUCAAGAUCUGGUUCCAGAACCACCGGUACAAGUGUAAACGGCAGGCGAAGGAAAAAGCGAUGGCCGAACAGAACCAGCACAAUCAGUCAGCCAGCUCACCACGACGUGUGGCCGUACCAGUACUAGUGAAGGACGGCAAACCCUGUUCGGGUGGCUCGGGCGGCACCAAUGGCGGUGGGGGUGGUGGAGGUGGUGGCAGCAGCAGCAGCAGCAACAGCAGUAGUGCAGCAGCAGCUGCGGCCGCCGCUGCCGCAGCCGCUGCCGUCCAGCAACAGCAACAGCAGCAGCAGCAGCAGCAACAGCAGCAGCAUCAACAGCACCAGCAGCAGCAACACGGUCAGCAUCCGUCCCAGCACGGGCAGCAUCCGGGGCAGCACCAUCAGCAACAGCAGCAACACUCACACCAACAGCAAACGGCCGUAGGUGGAGGUGGUGGUGCUGGCGGAAGCUCGUCCAAUGGCAGCGGUAGUUCGUCUACGGGCAGUGCGGCUAGUGGUGGUGGAGCGCCAGGAUCGGCAGCAAGCAGCAAUGGAACGAGUGGGGCGGCCAGCGGAGGCAGUAUCGUCCUGUUGGGGGAUUCGAACGCACACUCACCGGAUACGGCCACGGCGGCGCUGCUGUCGUCGUACAAUGGAGCUGCAACACAUCCUCAUCAGAUGCUGCAGCAACCCUGCAACAACGCGCUGAUGUCGAAUAGUUUGGCGAUGGCGUAUCGCAAUCAGAACAACUUUAUGGCCAACAGCCACCAGCAGCAGUGUGGCGGGUACCUGCCGCUACAGACACGCGCUUGGUAAUAUUAGUGGGCCCGGUUCCGCUCGGUGCCGUCGGUGGCGUGAGGUGCGCUUUUCCGGUUGUUUUUCUUUUCCUCCGCAUU